AUGAGAGUGGUCUGGUUACCGUUUGGUCAAUUGUUUCAACAGUUUAAGGUUGAGGUCAUCAGCGGUGUACCUGAUAACAUUCAUCUCACACAGCCGAAUUUUUCACACCAAAUGGAUCGGACUAGUUCACUUGCUCCACUUGAUCUCCUCUGGGCAGUUUCCUGCAGCAACCCUAUCGACACAACAGUCGGUCAGGGGACCACCUACUCAACUGUGAGAGAUAUCACCAUGAACCGUGUAGUUUGUAAACAACUUACAAACCGAUCAUCCAAUUUGGUUAUCAAUAGCUUGUUGAGUAAAUAA